UCAGUGAGUAUCAAAGCGCUCCGGAAAAAAGUUUGAAAUAGAAAAACACUUCAAAAGAAAAUGGCGGGCCAAAGCAAUUUUUGAUUCAAAUACAUUUGUGUGUGUGCGCGUUUGUGUGCAAAUGGAGACCCAAGCGGAGGAUACUGUACGGACGAAUAUGGAGUCGAUGCGAUUGAUCUGCGACAGAGAAAUACCCAAAAAGCAGCAGAAGAUGGACGCUGUGAUUGCGUCGUUUCGGAAGUCCCUGGAAUCGAUCGGGGCCAGAGCACAGGAGACCGUCCAAAAUCACGGGAAACUAGGGGAACUUAAAGCUAAGCUGAGAGAGGCGGAGGAUGAGAUGGUGAAAGCCCUAGCAGUGAAGACCCGUAAAGAGGCCAAGCGGAUGGCGAUAAUGGACUCUAUUUCUGCUCAAAAAGCUAGAGUAGAAGAGCUUAAAAGAAGCGUGCAAGAGCAGAAGGCUAAGAGGAAUCAAUAUGCAGCAACUGUAUCUCAACAAUCUCUAGCUUUGGCAGCAUCUGAAGAAAAAAGUAAUGAAGAAGUUGAAUGUAAAGGUGAAACACAAGAAGCAAUUUCGUGGUACAAUAGGGUUCUUGGUUUCCAUGUUGAAGGCGGACCUGGGGUAAAAUUCACCUUCAAGAACAUUAAUUUGAAAAAUCCAAAUGAGGAGUACUCUUUCACCAUUCGCUAUGCAUAUGAUACUUAUACCUUGUUAGAUUGCGAUCCACACUUGAAUGACACCAAAGAGUUGAUCCAUGAGUUGAACAAAACCAAUGGUUUAUUCAAAUUUGUUAGAAUCAUGAGAGAGAAGUUUCAAGAAGCUGUGGCACAAGGAUUUUUGCCCCAAUUAACAACUCAUCAUCAAGAGUCUUCCACAAUCUCUACAUCUGCUCCAUCUUUUUCAGUCUCAACGGACAAAAGUGAAUCCUCAGUCGUGGAAAAUGACCAAGUUAAAUGUGGAGAAGGCAAUAGACCUUCGAAGAAAGCACACCAUGCAAGAGCUAUGAUUCCAGCUAUUCUAUCUCCGGGAUCAGCAUCAUCUCUUCGGCGGUCCCCUCGUUUCAAGGUUAAGAAAUGAAGAUGGUGUGAAGGUUAUUUUAUCACCUCAAAAUUGAUUCAACAUGCACAAGAUGCCCUAACCUGCUCAGCUAGUCAUAAUUCAUGACUCAGGUUGCUUAACAAUUGACAUGUAAAGAACCACGGGUGAGUGUUGUGGAUUAACAACACACGACAGCCUCUCGCCAUGUAAUGGUUGAUGCAAAACUAUGCAGUUUCAUUUUGGAAUGAAGUACAGCUGGUGGAAUGCAGGCGUGAUGAUCCCAGAACUCUGUACUACGUAUUUCCUUUGUUUUUAUCUAAUUAUCAGAUUUCAACUGUUUGACAUAACUAUUCCAUUCCCCUCCCCCCUGAUAAACAAGUUUUCAGUUUGUAUCAUUUGGCAUAAUGAGCUUUAUUUACCAUUUGAAGUGGAGUACAUGGACAAAUGGAGUGAGUUGGGUUCAA